AUGUUCAGUGUCGUCGCGGCGGCCGUCUGCGUCGCCUUCGGGGCGGCCGCGCCCGCGCCGCGCGUCGCCUUCGGGGCGGCGUCGCCCGCGCCGCACGUCUACCCCGCGACGGGGAUCGUCGUCGACGAGACGGCGUCCCUGACCGUCGGCGGCGUGGCCGUGCCCCUCGCCUUCGAGGCCGGCUCCCCCGCGCGGGGCGUGGGCCCGCCGCCGCUGCCGUCGACGCGCGCGCGCUGGGCGUCGGACGCGGCCCUGCCCUGCGAGCUCCGCGUCGAGGGCACGGCGGACCGCUGGGCCGACGCCGCGCUGCGGGCGGCCGGGCGGGACCUCGACUUCGUUUUGCUCGAGCACGGCGGCGCCGUCGUCGUCCGCUUCUCGCUCGGGCCCGGCCACGCCUACCUCGUCGACGGCCGCGGCGGGCGGCGCUACUACUUCUGGGUCGACGCGACCGCCGCGGCGGCGCGGCCCCCGGGCGCCGUCCAGGUCGCGGCGGGCGCCGCGGGCGCGGGCUGGCUCGAGGCCGCGCUCCGAACGCACACAUCCGUGGCCCUCGGGCCGGGCUUCCAUGACACCGACGCCUUCGCCCUCCCGCCCGGCGCGUCGCUCUUCCUCGAGGCCGGCGCCGUGCUGCGCUACGACGGCCCGGACCGCGACGCGGAUCUGCGCGCGUUCGUCUCCGUCUCCGGCGACGGUGCCUCCCUCGCCGGCGUCGGCACCUUCGACGCCGCGGGCUUCCACGGGCGCCACGUCCUCGCGGAGGACGCGACGAAUGUCACCGUCCGCGACGUUUUUUUCCAGGGGUCCCGGGGCUGGGGCCUCCACUUCCGGCGCUGCGCGGCCGUGAGCGUCCACCGCGCGAAGAUCUUCUCCGGCGCCGACGGCGUCGACCCGGACGCGUCGCGGGACGUCGCCCUCGACGGCGUCUUCAUCCACGCCUGGGACGACGCCGUCGCCGUCAAGACGACCGUCGCCGGGUCGCCCGCGGAAAACGUCGCGGUCGCGAACUCGAUCGGUCGACGCAAAGACGGCGGCGCGUUCGACGACGUCGUCUUCGAGGACCUCCGGCUGCUGGAUUUUUACGACUACGCGGGCGAGCCGUCCGCGCCCGUCGACUUCGAGCUCGAGCACCGGAGCGGCUACAGCGCCGUGCGCGGCGUCCGCGUCGAGCGCGUCGUCGCCGACUGGCCGAGCGCCGCCGUGCUCCGGGGCAACGACCACGUCCUCCUGUCGGGCGUCGCCUUUGCGAACGCGACGCUCAGAGUCCGCGCGCCCUUCGCCGCCGGCAACGCGACGUUCCUCUUCGACUGCAAGAACGACGACAUCGCCGCCGGCGGCGUCGAGGUCGCGGGCCUCGACGUCGACUGGGGCGCGCACCGCGGCGCCUGGCUCGGGCUCUCGCGCCGCUGGGCGGACGCGGUCCCGGGCGGCGGAGCCGCCGCCGCCGUGCUCCGGGGCAACGACCACGUCCUCCUGUCGGGCGUCGCCUUUGCGAACGCGACGCUCAGAGUCCGCGCGCCCUUCGCCGGCAACGCGACGUUCCUCUUCGACUGCAAGAACGACGACAUCGCCGCCGGCGGCGUCGAGGUCGCGGGCCUCGACGUCGACUGGGGCGCGCACCGCGGCGCCUGGCUCGGGCUCUCGCGCCGCUGGGCGGACGCGCUCACCUUCGCGUCGCCCGGCGACCUCGAGGCGAGCCGCCUGGCCCUGCUCGUCGGCGGCUUCACGCUCGGCGCCGCGGCGGGCCGGUCCGUCGUCGCGACCAAGGCCGCGGCGCGGCCGGCCGCGAAGCGGACGCUCCUGAAGAAGAAACGGGGCGCGGCCGCGGCGCCGGCGCCGGCGGCGCCGGCGGCGCUCGCGGGCCUCGGCGACGACGACCUCGUCGACGAGGACGACCUCCUCGCCGCCGACGGCCUCGCGCCGCCGGAGGUGUCCGCGGACGCGGGCUGCUCGGCGCGGGCGCCCUGCGCGAACUGCAGCUGCGGCCGCCGCGAGGCGCUGGACGCGGAGAACGCGUCCAAGGCGGCGGCCGGCGCCCCGCCGCCGGCGACGUCGGCCUGCGGCAACUGCGGCAAGGGCGACGCGUUCCGCUGCGCCGGCUGCCCGCACCUCGGCAAGCCCGCGUUCAAAGAGAACGAGCCCGCGGGGAAGCUCGUCCUCGACCUCACGGACGACUUCGACCUCCUUGCGUGCGCAACCGCUUGCCGCACGACACCCGCGCCGCCACUCAUGGGCAAGAAGCGCCGCGCGUCGUCCGCGGACCCGACCCGCGCGGCCAUGGGCCUCUACGAGCGGUCCCUGAGUGCGCUCGACGGCGGCGACGAGGCGGCGGCCCUGGCGCUGCUCGACGGCGCGGCGCGCGCGCUCGCGCUGGCGCCCGGCGGCGACGUCGCGAGCGGCCUCGGGGCCGAGGUCGAGCUCGCGCGCGGCCGGCUCCUCGAGGCGUCCGACGCGCCGGCCGCCGCGGCGGCCUACGAGGCGUCGCACGGCGCCGACGGCAACGCGCCGGCCGCGGUGCUCGCCGCGCGCCUCGCGUGGCUCGAGGACGCGCCCGACGUCGAGCGCCUGCUCCGGCGGGGCCUCGCCGCCGCCGCCGGCGACGGCGACGCGCGCCGCGACGCCUCCGAGCUCCUCUGCCGCUUCCUCCUCGAGCGCGGCGACGCACCCGGCGCCGCGGCGCUGCUGGUCGACCUCGGCUACGCGGCGACGUUCUCGCCGCGCGCGCUCGCGGGCCGGCUCCCGACGCGGCCCGCGGCCCGCGAGGCCGGCGCGCCCAGGGUCUGGGACGGGCUGCUCCCCGCGUCGGCGCUCGCCGCGCUCCGGUCCGCGUUCGCCGACGGCGCGGCCUACUACGCGGAGAACGACUACGGGAGCCCGAGCGUGGGCUUCUUUAGCUUCCGCGUCGCGCUGCCCACGAGCCUCGGCGUCGUCCGGCGCGUCUACGAGGCCGUCGAACGCGAAUUCCCCGAGGUGGAAAAGGCGACGCACGCCGAGUUCUGGGCCCACCGCCGGCGCCACGGCCACGGCCACGAGCUCCACUACGACUCCGUGCCCGGGCUGAGGGCCGGCGACGCGCCGCGGCACCCGCUCGUGUCGACGGUGCUCUGCGUCGACGGCGCCGCGGGCGGCCCGACGCUCGUGACGGACCAGACCUUCGGGUCCGAGGCGUCGCGGUGCUGGGCCGCGGCGCCCCGGGCGAACCGGCUCCUGGCCUUCGACGGCCGCGCGCUCCACGGCGUGCUGCCCGGCGCCGGCUCCGCGCCGGGCCGCCGCGUGACGUUCAUGGUCAACUUCUGGGCCUGCGACCCGACGGGCAGGAAACAAAACUAUGCAACACGACUUCAAUAUUCAAGCGACCCGACGUCCGGCGACGCGCCGGACCCGGAGGCGACGCGCGGCGCCUGCGCCGCGUUCCCGCCGCCGGGCUGCGCCUGGCCCGCGGACCUCGCGGCGGCCGCGCCGCCGGCGGACGCGGCGCCGCCGGCCGCGGCGCCCGCGGCGGCCGCGGCCCUCGACGACGUCGUCUUCCGCGCGCCCGGCGCGGCGCCGGGGCCCCUGGACCUCCUCGGCGACGCGGCCUUCUUCGACUGCCUCGAGCUCCUCGGCUGCGAGGCGCGCGGCGGCGGCGACGCCGCGCCGGACGACGACGCGCCGCGGCGGCCGACGAUCCGCGACGCGCUCGCGCGGAAACGGGCGCGGCGGCGCGCGCGGCGGUAA